CUGACAUCAGUACACGAUGCAAUACUCAGCGAUCUUGUUUAUCCAGCAGAAAUAGUCGGCAAAAGAAUCCGGAUACACUUGGAUGGCCGCCGCCUAAUAAAAGUUCAUUUAGAUAAGACACAAAUGACAAAUGUCGAACACAAGGUUGAUACGUUUACCGGCGUUUACAAGCAUCUUACCGGAAAAGAUGUAACCUUUGAAUUUCCCGAUCCUUUGCUCUGA